AUUUUCUGAAUAGAUUGGCUGGACUAACUGGUACACGCAUAUAAAAAACUAUGGCAGCAAACUAUUGCGAACCAUGCACUGCACGUGGUUUGACUCCUACAGCAUUUCGAUGGUGUUCCGAAUGCGAUGAAGCACUGUGUUCUGAAUGUACAGAGGCCCACAAAGUUCAAAAAAUUACUCGAAAUCACCAUUUGGUAGAGACAAGUAAAAUACCAGAAAGAAUUAAUCUAUCCUAUAAUUGUUCAAAGCAUGAACACUUACCAUUGGACUUUUUUUGUGUAAAUCAUGAUGUAAUGUGUUGUCAAGAAUGUUUGCCCCAAAAUCACAGAUCAUGCAAAAACGUCACAUCCAUUGACCUGGCAUCAAAAAAUUCAAAACAAUCGCAGUCGUUCAUUGAUUUUGAAGAACACCUGAGCUUUGUUAUCGAGGCUUUAUAUAAGUUGAACAGCAAUUGCAAGGAAAACGACAAUCGAAUAGAACAACAAGAGACGAAAAUUCGAAAACAAAUAGAGAAAAUAAAAGAACACAUUAUCAAACAAUUGGAAUCUUUAGAGGAAUCGCUUCUAAAAGACCUAACCGUAAUCAAAGACAAAAUCAUAACCAGGUUGAAACGACAGGAAAAAGAUAUAGGUGACUUGAUUACAUCCUCAAAAGCUGAAAAGGAGUCUUUGGAAUUUGUAAGAGAUCAUGGUUCUGAAAAACAAGCGUUUGUUUCAAUUCAUUCAUCCAAACCAGUCUUAGAUGAAAUUGAAAACAAAGUUAAGCAGCUAUCCGAAUCGUUGGCAUACACCAGUCUUACGUUCGUCGAAAGCGUCUCAAAGGAAAAAAUAACAGAUCUCGGAUCAAUAGAAUUAACGGAAACACCUUGUUCCUUUCCAUUUGUCCCAUUCAAGCAGUGCCAGUCACAGGUUCCAGUCGUUUUAAAGCGCCCUAGCACCUCUUACACCUAUCUCCACGACAUUGACACGAAAGGAGAUGAUUUGAAAGGAGUAACUGGCAUCACGAUAUCAGACAAUAACACAUUAAUUUUCUGUGAUGUAAAUGCUGGAAAGAUUUAUUUUUGUGAUGACACCGAUAACUUCUUAUCAUCUAUCAGCUCUCCUUUUAAACCAUGGAAUAUAGCAGCCAUACCAGGAACAACUACUGCUGUAAUGUCUGGUAGAACUGAUCCUUACGUACGGUUCUUGGAUAUAACAAAACGGAGGCUUUCAAAAAAAGUAAAAGUGGGACAGAGUGGAAGUGGUAGUAUUGCUGUUACCAAAGAUAACAUAUUCGUAACAAUUAAAGGAAAGAUACAGGUUCUAGACUUGAGUGGAAAGGUUAAAAGAAUAAUUAGUCUAAAACAUGAACAGGCUAUAAAUUGGUACAUUUCUGUUUGCCAAAAUGGGAACAUUUGUUAUUCAAGUGGAAAUGCAGUUCAUUGCAUUACAUCAGUUGGGUGUCCUGUUUUUUCCUAUAGUUCCUCUGAUCUUCUUUAUGCACGAAAUGCAAUAACAGAUGAUGCUGACAACAUAUACGUCUUGGAUUGCGAAUCAAGUAACAUACAUAAACUUACAUCUACUGGAAAUUUAGUUGACAUUUUAUGGGACGAAAGUUUGUCCGAACCUUAUGUAUUUUGUUUUAGUAAGGACUUUUCUAAAAUCUACAUUGCAAAUAAAAAGGGAAGAACAGUGUCAGUAUUCAAGAAAAACUAGUACCUGCAAUAUUUGUAUGUUUAUUUUUUAAACAUGAUUUUAGGGCACUUAGCAAUUUCCAUAAUAUUUUUACAGAACUGUUUAAAGAAUAAUAGUUUUUUUCCCUUUUACUUAUAAGGUUUAACUGUUUUAUAAUGUUUGCAUUGUGUAUAUUGUUGUAUUGUUCAUUUGGUUGUCGACCAAGUUCGAGACCAUCUCCGCGCGAAAUUCAAAAUUUCAUAUUCUUAUGGCCAUCUGGUUUCAAUUUCGGGACAGUGACGUCUGCAUAUAAUACACUGAUUUAGCGAUGGUAGAUAACUAUACUUCCAAACUUGAUUUUUAGACAAAUUUUGGUGUCAAAAAUUUCGUUAAUAGCAAAGUUUGACACAAGGUUUGUUUUAGUUUUUAUUAUAGAGAUCUAAUAACAUAAACGGUACCAAUUGUUUUGCACCAGAUGCGCAUUUCGACAAUCAAUGUCUCUUCAGUGAUGCUCGAGGCCAAAAUAUUUGAAAACCCAAAGCUUAUUAAAAAGAUGAAGAGCUAUAAAACAAAAAAGGACAAAUAAGUAUAAACAAAGCCGGACAAGGAAUCAGAGCUUUGCAUGAGGGAGAUAUAUUCCUUAAUUUUUAAUAAUUUCAAAAAUUUUGUAACAGCAAAUUUUAAUAACACAAAAUCCGUAUUUUCAUGCCAGUACCGAAGUACUGGCUACUGGGCUGGUGAUGCCCUCGGGGACUAUCAGUCCACCAGUAGAGGCAUCGACCCAGUGGUAAUAAUAACAUCAACGGUACCAAUUUUUCUGCAUCAGAUGCGCGUAUCGACAAUCAAUGUCUCUUCAGUGAUGCUCGAGGCCAAAAUAUUUGAAAACCCAAAGCUAUAAACCAAAAAAGGAAAAAAGUAUAAACAAAGCCGGACAAGGAAUCAGAGCUUUGCAUGAGGGAGACAUAUUAAAUAUACGACUUGUUAUUGAAAAAUUCAAUUCCAAUAAGGGUAUAAAUUUAUUUAAAAUCUAAAACUGAAUACAAAUAUUGAUGGGUAUUUCGAAUUCAUGUCUUCCAAAGAAAAAAAUUUUCCUGAAAAAAGGUUUGCCUACAUGUACUUGUUCAAAUAAAGUUUGUUCAUUC